ACGCGUCCAAUUUGGGAAAAUGGCGAAGGUUUUGGUUAUUUUCUCCUUGGCGGUUUUUUCGGCUGUCCAAGCCGAAAUAGUUCGACCAUGCAAGUUAUCAGACUACUCCUGCAUCGGCAAGAACCUGGCCGCCAACUCGAACUGCCAGCCGGGCGUCAGCGGAGCCCUACCGGGAAAGUAUAACGUCGACGAGUUCCGCUUCGAGACUCCAUACUUCAACUCCUCGUAUAUCGACAAGAACUUGAUCGUUAGGAAUCAUGAUAAGUGCUUCGUUUCGGAGUUUUUCUUGAACACGGUGACCAACAAGGCCGUGCUGGCGAUAGACUGUCCCAAACUGGACCUGGAGUCUGACCGCGUGCUCAUUCAGCAUCGCAGUCUGCAGGAGGAUACUUCUUACAACUACCACAUCCGAGCUACCUACCCUCUGAUCCGCAUCACGGUGAACCUACCGAGCCGCACGCACAUGGACCUGUGCCGAGCUCACGUGUUCACAGAUGUCACCGCACUGCCGUACAUGCACAUCAAUCCUAAAGACAAACCAACGAAGAACUACCUCUCUCGGGACCUCACACUGCUGAACAUAUUCGAACGCGAGUGGUUCUACUACGGAGGAGACAAUCUCGCCAAGAUAUUCAUAGACGCCCUCGUCUGUGAUUACGGGUGCAACAGGCAGAUUUUACCACACUACAAUAAUGUACAGCAAUAAAUAAAUAUUAAACUUUGGACGAUUUUUGAAUCGCCAGAUAACUUUCCUAUUUGCAGGCAAUCAAUUCAGAUAACUUUUAUUUAGAAAAUGCGUCAAACCGCUAUAUUUAUUCCAUAGAUAAAAGUUAAUAGAUGAUUGAUAAAUCGGCCCUUAUUUAUACACCAAUUGAAUUAAAAAGGGAUUCUAAAUACCUACAUAUUUAUAGUCAGUUCUUUUAAUUUGAGACAGUAAAUUGACAAUCACUAUUGUCAAACUACAAAAUAAUUUGAGCCAGAUUCAUGACUUAUACCUAAGAGAUGAUCUUGUCCUUGUUUUCUUAAAAUACAACAAGUUUAAUUAAUAUAUUAUUGCUUUUGUCGAAGUUGAUAAAACAAUACCUUCUCAAAAUGUCAAAGUACUAUCUUAAAUUAAAGAACAGAUUAUACAACCCUUUUUUUACUCUGCAACAUGUUACAAACAUCCUAGCAUUAUGUUAUUAGAUGCAUACUUUACUACUACAUACAUGUUAUUGACAAAAUAAAUACAUAAUACAUUCAAUGACUCAAAUCAGUUUGAGAAAUA